CAUGCGCACAAUACCCAGCACCGCGCCCUUCCGAGCGUUCCAUGCGCCUCCGAGCGCCCACCCGGGAGCGCGGCUUUUGACCCCACGCGGACGCCGUCGACGCUCGGCCCAGGCCGCACGAUGUUUGUGGAGCUGAACGAGCUGUUACACGCCUCCCCGGAGCGGCCGGAGCAGGGGACAUUCACCCUGCUGCGGGACACCAGGACAGAUGGCAGCUUCCUGGUGCACCACUUCCUCUCUUUCUACCUCAAAGCUGGCUGUAAAGUCUGUUUUGUGGCCCUGAUCCAGUCAUUCAGUCACUAUAACGUCGUAGCACAAAAGCUGGGAGUCAGCCUGCCUGCAGCCAAGGAACGGGGACAGCUCGUGUUCCUGGAAGGCCUGAAGUCCUGCUUCGAGGUCCUGUUCAAGGAGGAGCCACCCACGGGACAGCCAAACCCUCUGCAGUUUAUCAGAGAGGGUGGCUCUAACCUGAAAGCCCUGUACGAGUUUGUCCGCACAUCCCUGACGCCCUCGGAGAGUGAUUCCUGGAAGUGUCCUGUGCUGCUCGUGGAUGAUGUCAGCGUCCUGCUCAGCCUGGGCAUGAGGCCUGUGGAUGUGUUGGAUUUCAUCCAUUACUGCAGGGCCACUGUGUGCUCUCAGCUAAAGGGGAACGUCGUAGUGCUGGUGCACAGCAGGGAGGACUCGGAUGAUACGGAGAAUGAGUUGGUCGUGAACGCCCUGUGUCACCAGAGCAACCUCAUCCUGUGGGCAGAGGGGCUGGCCACCGGCUACUGCAAAGACAUCCAUGGACAGCUGAAGAUCAUUCCAAGGGGGCCAGCAGUGCUGUCCACAGAGAGGGAUCUCCCCCGAACCUACCAGUACAAAAUUCAGGACAGGAAUGUCACGUUCUUCGCCAGAGGGAUGUCCGCGGCCGUGCUGUGAUCUUGGAGGCCUGGGGCAGAGAGGACGGUGGUGCUUAAUACCUGGGAAAACAGAAUGUGGCAGCAGCUCAGCCCAGUCCCUCUCCCAUCACUGCCCCCAAACAUCCUGAUGCAGCCUCAGCCCUGCUGAGAUCUGUCUGGGUGCAGUGAUUCACUUGGCUGGUGCUUGUUGUGGGAUCGGAGCCUAAGCCCAUUCCCUCUGCCCUGCCCUCGGGCCGCGUUCCAGCCUCAGGGAACUGGGAAGAGCAAAAUGUACUGCAGUGAUCAAUGAAUUCCAAAUGCAGAUACGUCUGGCGGGCAGCUGCCAUCUCCAGGCCGACACUGACUGUUUGUAUUGCAGAGAGGACCGGGCAUCUGUGGUGCCAAGCGUUGGGCACAUGGGGGCUAGUUGGUGCCCUGCUGCACUUGCAAUCCAAGGCCUUCCUUUCAUGUGACUGCUAGUUCUGGUGGCAGAGAGCAGCUGCUGGGAGGAAGCCCCCAGCACGUCUUCUUGAAGGCUCUGCAUAGCUCCUGUUAGACCUGGGCAGCUUGGCUUAAGCAGCUAUGCUGGUAGGGCAUGGGAGGCACCUUGGCAGGGUGUGGGGUGCACCCUGGGAAGCACCAGCUGGCAAAGGGGCUGCAAUAGCUGGCAGAAAGCCCAGCUGAGUCCAUACAGCUGGUCCUUCCCCACUGGCAGAAGAAAGGACCUGGGCUGCUGCGACGCGGACACGCUCAUGGUUGGCUGCAUCAACCCCUCUCUCCCCCAUCUGGUUAUGUCUAAUUCAAGUGUGGGCUCCUCACGUUACAUUUCUCAUUUUGUAUUAAAUACAGAUCCUACUGUU